ACCCUACUGGUUGUUCAGUGUGUUUGUGAGAGGGAGCAUGGAUGCCGUGCUAUGGAAUGCUGCGGCAUGAACAAGCUGGCUGGAUAAUGUUGGUAAAGUGGGAUUGAACCUUUGUAGAAACUUUGAACAGUGUAGCUGAAGUUAAGAGCCCCUCCCAACCACAGGUGUGUCGCCGUGUGUGACAGCGAGCGUGUGCAUGUGAGUCAGCGUCCUCUCCCCAAAGCGUGUCAUGUCGGACCCUAGGGACAUCGAUGAGGACGCCAUCCUCAAGGGCCUAAGCCCUGAGGAGCUGGACCAGCUGGAGUAUGAACUUCAGGAGAUGGAUCCCGAGAAUGCCAUGCUUCCAGCUGGCUUUCGGCAGCGUGACCAGACAAAAAAAAGUCCAACAGGGCCGUUUGACCGUGACGCUCUGAUGCAGCACCUGGAGAAGGAGGCCAUGGAGAACCCAGACAGAGAGGACCUGGUGCCCUUCACGGGGGAGAAGAAAGGAAAAGCCUUUGUGGCCAAAAAAAGCGCUGAGAUUGCCGAGAACGAGCAAGUACUCCUGGAGCCAGAGCUCGAGGAGGCGCUGAAGAAUGCCACAGAUGCCGAAAUGUGCGACAUCGCAGCUAUCCUGGGAAUGUAUACGCUGAUGAGCAACAAGCAGUACUACGACGCACUGGGAACCACCGGAACCAUCGCCAACACUGAGGGCAUCAACAGCGUCGUGAAAGCAGAUCCUUUUAAGAUCUUCCCUGAUGAGCCUCCCAACACCACCAACGUGGAGGAGACUCUGGAGAGGAUCCACAGCAACGACAGCAGCCUGACAGAGGUCAACCUUAACAACAUCAAGGACAUUCCCAUCCCGACACUGAAAGACAUCUUUGAGGCAAUGAAGGGAAACUCUCACGUGGAAGUUCUGAGCAUUGCCGCCACUCGCAGCAACGAUCCCGUGGCCUAUGCGUGUGCCGAGAUGCUGCAGGAGAACACCAGCCUGCAGAGUCUGAACAUCGAGUCCAACUUCAUCACCUCAGACGGCAUGAUGGCCGUCAUCAAGGCGAUGGCCAACAACGCCACGCUGGUGGAGCUCAAGAUCGACAACCAGAGACAAAAGUUGGGUGACUCAGUGGAGAUGGAGAUCGCUGCCAUGUUGGAGAACAACUCCAGCAUCCUGAAGUUUGGCUACCACUUCACGCAGCAGGGUCCCCGAGCACGAGCUGCCAUGGCCAUGACGCGAAACAAUGACAUGAUUCGCCAGCAGAGGCUGAGAUGAAAAGAUGAAGAUGAAGAGUAGAAGGUGGAUGGGGCUGCUGAGCUGAGCACAGAAACAUCCAAACCAUUUCACUUGUCGCUGAGAGCACAAUCUGUCUUUUUUUAAAAGGCAGGAUGUGUCCUCUUUGUGCCGCCCAAUGAUUCAUCUCAUUGUGGGGGGAGGAGCAUCUGUAAAUACUUUAAUUAAAAUAUUUAU